UUUAAAGGUACAUCAGUGCUCUGGUUAUGUACCUUUUAAAGGUGUAAACAUGGUACCACCACGUCGACAAGGGGGGGGGGGGGAGAAGAAAAGUAGAGUUUGGUAGCUUUAUUUCUCAGGGUGUAAGCGUAGGAACUAGACUGAAGCUGUGUAAACACUUUAGGUGUUAAUUCAACCCUGGUUUUUUUUUCUGUGUGUGAAAAUAUAAAGUGCGUAAAAGAGGUUGGGAAUAAAGGACGCGUAAAAGCGCACGUCGCGUGACAGUUUUCCACGCAGUGUUUCGGGUGGCACUGUGAGUUCCCAAGAGGAAUCGAGCAGGAUCUUUGGACAGAUCAAAAUUCAGUCCUGUUCUAAGAAACGGGGGAGGGAUGACGUAAUUUGAAAUCGGGCCCAAAAAUCCUCAGCGAAUAACUUAGCGCGCACGAGGCAGCGGGCGAGUGCUGCCCCAGCUGUUUCCUGUUGAAAAUGUCUCCGUAAUGUAGAUAAAUGUGAGGGAUUUUCUCCACUAAAUCCGUCUCCUGUCCGCUAAAUCUCACGUCUCCGAAUCGAGCCUGCGCAAUGGAACAAAGUCGGAAUAUCGAGACGUGACACCGGCACCGCGUUUCCUCCUCGCCGCUUCUUUUCUCGCAGCUUUUUUUUUUUUUUUUUUUUUUUUUAAAUUAAUUUAUCUUUUAUUUUAAUGACUUUGGAACAAGUGUUUUCUUCGGACAGACGCUGGGAUGCCUAGAGGACAUUUGGGUGAUGUCCUAAAGUGGACCAUGCGCUGUGUGUCUCGCGGCCGCGCGCUCGCCCGGCUGCUGCUGCUGCUGUGCGCGCUCGCGCUGACGCCGGUGGCGGCGAGGGCGGGGCCUGAGACUCUGUGCGGGGCGGAGCUCGUGGACACGCUGCAGUUUGUGUGCGGGGACCGAGGCUUUUAUUUCAGCAAGCCAACAGGCUACGGCCCCAACUCGCGGCGCUUGCACAACCGUGGCAUCGUAGACGAAUGCUGCUUCCAGAGCUGUGAGCUGAAACGACUCGAGAUGUACUGCGCACCAGUCAAAUCUGGUAAAGCGCCACGAUCGGUACGAGAGCAACGGCACACAGACACGCCCAAAACACCAAAGAAACCUAUAUCUGGUCACAGCCAUACAUCUUGUAAGAGAGAGAAAAAAGAGAGGAUGGUGAGGGAACGUCUGUUUAUAGCUGCUAAAACGAGGUCCAUCAGAAAAACUCAAGCCGAGGGAACACCGGGGGGAGGAACUAUCGAAUGUAGUUAAGAGAAGGAUGAGUGGAACUAAAGGACAGUGCCAAGAAGGGAAGCAAGAACAAGUAGAAGCUUACCUGGUCUUCAAGAGGAGUGGUUCACUCUAACAGCAAAAAAAUAAAUAAUAAUAAUAAUAAUUAAAAAAAAAAAAAAGGAUAACGGACCAGCUCUAUGUACAUACACCCCUUACGACUGACUAUUUUAGACACUGCACCAUUCCACACCUGGGAGGGACAACAUCUGUCCAAACAGCAAAAUUAAUAUAGCUGCUAAAAAGUGUAAUAUAAUAGCGGCUGCUACAUAUUAUGGCAGUGGGAAACCUCCUGUAUAAGAGAGCCACUGGAAACUUUAAUUGACCCAAACUGUUUCAAGGCACCACUUCCUGAUGGGUGGGAUAGAGCCAGUGGGUCACUGGAGGAGAGGUGAAGGUUUUUCUGUGUCAUGGGUGAAGUGAACGUUGCAACGGUCCCUCCCACAUACACACACAAACACACAGACAUGCCUUCGCAAUUAAUUCCAGAUUGCUGCAAUCCAGUGCAAAAUGCAAGUUGGCAGAAUUUCAGCACCAUUUCUGAUUAAGCUUUAGUCGAAGACAGUACACAAGCUCUAGCACUGAUGAAGAAUAUCUUUGUUUUUUAUGUUUUGGUUUGUUUUCGACAAGAAAAAGAGCUUAAUCAGAAUAAUUCAAGAGCUGUUUAGACAGAAUAUUGUUAAAAGCAGAUGGUACACUUUCAGGAUGAGAACAUGGCUAAGCAGGAGGAUCUCUUUUUGUUUUUACAUAAAAAGAGUAACAGAAACCUUCUGCAAAGGUUAUAGAAGAUUAUGGAGUGGCAAUUCUGACAAAGACAGCUGAGAUCAACUUGUUCAGCUUCAAGAAGCGUUGUUGCUUCGAUUAUAAAACAUCAGACUGCAUGACUGGUUAUAAAGCCAACAUUUUCACCAAAGCAUGUACACCGCAUACAACAAUAAGCAUUUUCACUAAAGCCUACCAAUAUUAUACAAAAGAUGCAAGCAAAACCCAGUGAAACUUCCGACACAACCAACAUGUUUGCUAAAUACAGGGGUGGACAAAUCAGUAGCCCGAUUUUGUGUCCGAGCCUUUAGUUUUUAAAUCAUAGUUGCCCAGAGCAAGAAACUAAAACCUGCUCCUGAUUAACUAUCACGAAACAAGCGUUUUUUUUUUUUAAGUUGGUACAUAGCUAUGCUUUAACAUAACGCAUUUGUUAUGACGAAACUCAGUGCUGUAACUAUAACACAAGCUUCCAAAUGCCACGACCUGCUGCACUACACACAUUGGAUAAGGCGCGAUGUAGCUGUUGGUAGAAUUAUUUUUUUUUUACUGAUUGUGGAACAAAAAGUUGGACCCAAAACCGUCAUCUAACGCUCCUGACUGCUACACGUAUUCACCUUACGGCUAAACAUAAUAAACUCGAACAAAAUCUUUCACGUGCAAUACGUGGCGAGAAGCCCGUACAGCCAAAAUGUCAGUCAACAACUUGCUGACUCUGCAUUAAGGAUGCAAACAUAACCUUUGUUAGAAGACUAUAAUAAUCAUAAACUUUGUUCGUUACUCUUAGUCUGUAUUAAUGCACUUCAAUAGCUAACAAGCUCACGAUAUGUUAUUACAUUAUGUUAGCUACCACUUCUUAGCCGUCACUUAGGUUAAACAUGGGACUGGGAAGCAUAUUAUGGGCUAACUAAUGAAUUUAGGAUUUGUCCAUCCCUAUAAAUAAAGUUCCCACAAGACCACCACUUCACCACCUCUGAGGAACCAGGCUCCACACGGAGCCCAACGUUCUUCUGGAGGAUUCUUCUAAUCCAACAGCCUGCUUUGGGAAAUCCGGACUGUGACAUUAAUGUUCUUUUGCGUAGUUAGUGAAUCUUCUUUCCAAAAUCCAAGAUUUACACAAUCACACUGUCCUCUGUGUAGCCAUCUCUGUAUUCAAUAAUCCUAUUUAUGUUAACCAUCUCAUUUCCUUUUUUUUUUUUUUUGGUCGUUCAUUACUUUACUGUUAUACGUGAUGCUGUCAUAUAACAGAACAAUAUAAGAACUCUACCCACUAUAUAAUGGUGCUAUUUUGUAGUAUAGUAUAAGGGUUGGCGAAACGUGAUCUGGGUGAGGGCGGGAUUGGGGGCAGGGAAUGUGAACUGAAGUUUUGGAUGUUUGGAUAUGGAGGUCUUCCCUUUUUUUGCACAGCCUUGUGGGCACCAGUCUAUUAAUGCUCUUUUUAAAUUUUUAGGUAAUGAUGUAUGCAAGCUAAUGUAUUUGUGUAAAAUCUGUGAAUGCAUGGUGGAAAAACGUGUUGUGAUCCCGCAAUUUUUUUUUUUUUUUUUUUUUUUACCAUUUUAAGUUAUUGAUCUUUGGACUUAAUCAAGAUCCCUAUGCCAAAUAACUAAAGAGAAAACACUGUGAACUACGAACUUCCAGUCCUAUUUAAGUUUUAAACAGCAGCUAUGUUUACAUGCGAAGAUUUUCACUAGUGCGAAUGAAUUCACUCCGAUUUUAGAUAACGUGUGAACUGUUUAUAUGUAUCCUAAACUGGGCGGUGUGUAGACAAUCUCCGUUUAUAUGCAUGCAAUUCGAUCCAAAGUUACACACAUGCGAGGAGCAAGGUUUAGUAUCAACGUUACUAUAACAACAAAGUGCAUGAGAGUUCAGUCAAUAAAUUCAGCUUUAUAAUCACAGUGCUUUUUUAAUGAGUUUUUUUUUUUUUUUUUACUUUGCCCUCCCCCACUUUUCUCCUUAAUUUCGAUACCUGCUAAUUCUCCCAAUCAUAUGACAGCUACCAACCGAGAAGGGUGAAGGCUAACAUGUACUUCCUCCAAGACAAACACAUCUUUUUCAAACUGCUGCUCAUGCUGCGUCACAGGAUGGUGUACCACACUCGAAGGAAAGCGCUAUCUGCCCUCUUUUGCAUACAUGAGCUCACAGAUGCCCAUGAUUGGCCAGUGUCACUGUGAUUGACAGGGGAGAAGAAGUAUGCCACCCUUCCCAUCCAGAGAGCACAGCCAAUUUUGCUUUCUUGGCUCCCUGGCCAGGCAAUCUCCAGAUGAUGGGGCAAAAACUUUUCUAUUGCACCAUUCAGAAGCAUAUUUUUGAAUUAUUUAAAUUAAAUUAUUUACGUCUCUUAAACAGUCAUCCAGAAGUCAUUAUUACAGCGAGAGAAUUUGGGAUUGUAGGGCUGUAGUCAACACCGCCAUUGACAAGUCCAAGACCAGGACUAGCAAUACCGAGUCUUAAUGGGGUCGAGGCCAAGUCAAGACCAAGUCUAAAAACCGUCAAAUCCUUUCUGAUGCCAAGCCUUUACUUCAACUAGCUUGCUUCAUUCGUGCUUCAUUGCGCUAAUGAUUAGGCUAUUUCCUAUUACGUUUUGUGAAACUUUGUGCAGGCAAAAUGAAAAGACAACACAAACAUUAUUUUUACAAACUCUCAGCCGAGACCAAGACCAAAUUUUGCAAAACCAGUGCCCAAGACCGAGACAAUUAGGAUUAUCAGGAUUAUUAUAAAUUGGAUAAUGGAUUAUUAGGCUGCAUGUAAACAUAGCUAGUGUAGCUUUCCCUACACUACAUUACAAUACAUUUUUUUAGGUUUGGAUUUAAGACUUAGGAUUUGGCACUGACUUGCAGUAAGAAAGGCACUGAAGGGUAUAACACCGUCCUUGGUUGUAGGUUCAGAAUUUCUUUUCGCACUGUAAUCACUUCAAGUCUGUUUCUAUUUGAUCUUAAAAACUUUAUUAUCCAAGCAGCUGAAUGUAGGUUCCAGCCUGACCUGUUUUAUUUAUUACACUUAUUAAAAUGAUCUCCAACAUUUUGCAAAUAGAGUCGGUCUAAAAUGUUAUCUGGUUAAUGGAUAAAAUUUUAAGCUAGCUAAGCUUGGCAUGCUCAUUUGGGUUAUUACAACGAAUAAGUAUUCGUAAUUUACUGGAAAGGCCUACUACCCAAGGCUUUUACUUGGGAAUUUUGGGGAAAUCUUGUAGUAUUCUGCUUAAGAGUUUUAUUCCUCUUCCAACAUUCUACAAUAAUGAACAAUUUUGCAAUAAAUGGUUCACAGUUACAAAUAAGCAGAUAGACAUUCCAAAAUUUAUAGGUCGACUAUAAACUAUCUUGUUCACUGGUUUCUGUUUUUUUUUCUCUCCGAAGUGGGCAUAAUUAUUAUUUUUUUGUUACCAGUAAUCAUGCUAGCACACAUAAAAAGCUCUAUUUAAUUCUACUCAGCCACAGUAUCUAUAUCCAUAUCCAUAUCGUACAUAAAAAUAGAAGUGUAAGCAUUUUUCAAGUUACAUAGCAAAAUACAAAUUCUAAAGAUACCAAAGAUUUUGAAUAGCUAGGACUGAUAUUGUGUGUCCCUGUUUGUUACUAAAUUAAUUUCAUGUCACUUUUUGAAAAUGGUUUUUAAUGUAUUGUAAAUGGAAUAAGGUCAAGAUAUUUCUCAAGCUGUUUGGAUAUGAUGAAAUGGUACAUUUAUGAUAAAUUAAGAGUUCACAGUGAUGGAGCUGCUUCAAGUUGUACAGUACAUUGUUAUUGUCAUCAUCAUGCUUUAACAUAUCUCACAAAAAAGUUUUUUUGAGGAAUAUGGAAUGGCAAAAUUGUGAGUUUUUUUGGUCCCAUUUUAUAUUGUGUCUAAUAACUGUGUAGUUACAUGUUAGCUAUAUAAGGCACUAUAAUGUGUAGUGUAACUGCUGAGAAUGUAACCCUGCGCUCACACUAGGUGUACAUGUGCAACACAGUACCGCAAUUUCAGCAACGGUGCAACAUUUGAAUUGAGAUUUUUUUCAAUUAUGUGCAAAUUAGAUAUGACAAAUGAGAGAUAAAUCCAGACAAUUGGCUUGAAUGAUUCCUCAGACUAAUCCUAUGGUGCUGGUGGUUCGUUUCCUAGCUCACAACUUUAGUCCAUACCUGCAAUUAGUGCCUGUUUACUGUCUCAAAAAUGGAAUAAAAAUUCGUAACUGUGGUUUCAUCUGAUCCUGUCAUUCAUAUAUGACCUCUCAGUAAAUGUGUAUAGAGACAUUACAGAGAAAAUAAAGCUUGGAAGAAAGUAGCUGAAUGCACGUAGCCAGUAAGGUUAGCUUGCUUUGCUAAUCUGCUAAGUGAGCUAGUACGAAGCAAAGUAUAUGAAAUGAAUUUUUUUUUUACAUUGAUUGGGGCGUUAUUUUAUUUGUCAGCUGUAGGCUGUACAUUUUGUCCACUACCAUUUCUCAGACAAACUCCAAGUGACUUGCUCGUGUAAACGCAGGGUUAUGCUGUUACAGAUGGAUUACAGAAGUAAAUCUUACAUAAAUAAGCACAUUUUCAAUUGUAUGUUGACAUUUUAAAAGUUAUUUUAUAGUCUUUUCUAUCAUUUCCAGGCUAUAUUUUAUGUUAUAACAUGCAAACCCACCAAAAUAGGGUUAUUAUGCUAGGGUUAUUAUCUAAAAUGCUAAUCAACACUCCUGCUACGUACUGUCAAGAUCCAAAACUGAAGUUGAUACAAAUGUGUAUAUAAAUAUAUUUCCUUCUGUAACAGUGCAGAUAUUAUCGGUAGUCACAUUAUAGUUGCCUGUAUAGUUUAACUCCACAGGUAAAAGAGACACGUAAUUUUAAACUGUCGUAAAAUCAAAUUGAAUUUUUUUUUUCCACAUUGAGAAUUUUUUGUCUUUUGUAAUGAGGCUUCCAUGACUGGUGAUGUGUUGUCUUCUCUAGACAAUAUGGAAAUAACUGACAGACUGUUCACCAUUCCUGCUGAAUAAACCACUUGUCAAUA